AUGGGUGAAUUAGAAACGGUUAGAGGAUUGAAUCAAGAACGUGGUCUUAUUAAAAUCGGUGAUACUCGUUGGGGAUCUCACUACAAGUCAUUUGAAAACUUUAUUAGUAGUUUUGCCUCUAUUGUUGAUGUACUUGAUACUCUUGUUGUAAAUGCAAGUACUUUGGAAGAAAGAGCAAACGCAUCGGAAUUUCUCAGAAGUUGUCAAACGUUUGAGACUGUUUUCUUAUUGUAUUUGAUGACUGAUGUUUUAGGAAUCACAUAUGAUCUUAAUGUGUCAUUACAGAAAAAGGAGCAAGAUAUUGCAAAUGCCAUGAUUCUUGUAAAGCUGGAAGAACUUGAUGACCGUUUCAAUGAGGUGACAAGUGAUUUUAUUAAUAGAGUAGCUUGCUUAAAUUCAAUUGAUUCAUUUUCUAGUUUUGACAUAAAAAGGAUAAUGAGAAUGGUUGAAUUAUAUCCUGAUGACUUUGAUGAAUUCAAAAUCAGAGAUCUUGAGAAUCAACUUGCUAAUUACAUUAUUGAUGUUCGCGAUACUGAUAAAAGGUUCUCCAAUUUAAGUGGACUUGGGGAACUUUCAAGAAAGUUGAUUGAAACAACGAAGCAUUUAACUUAUUAUCUUGUAUUUCUUUUAGUGAAGUUUGCUUUGCUUCUAUCUGUUGUCACUGCAACACUUGAAAGAACUUUUUCGGCAAUGAAGUUUAUCAAGAAUGAUUUGCGGGAUCGAAUAGAUAAUGAAUUCUUAGAUGGAUGCAUAGUGCCUUAUGUAGAAAAAAAAAUGGUUUGUAAGGAAGGAAAAGAAGGGUAA